UCAGUCCGAGUUGCAUCACAACUGAUCUAUCAUGGGUAAGUCCAGAGAUAACUCAAGGCGGAGCAGCCUCGGGGAGGACGCAGAAGGUAAACAGAAUUUGCUUUACGUCAUCUUGGAGGAAGGCUCGCCGAUAUUCCUUUCUCGGAAAGUCAGAUGGAGUGGGAUUUUUAUCUCGGCCCCAGGCCCAGAUAUUAACCUCAACGCUAGCCGCGGAAGGGCUUUAGAAAAGCUGAAGAUGAGUGUCCAUAUGCUUAUUGAUCCUAAUCCCGGCAAGGUGCCUCACCUUAUUCCGGCAUACAGCAAGGAAAGUAUCGCAAUAGCCGAAGCAAGGCGACGAAAGAAAACGACUCGCGGAAAGCGUCAGCCCAGAAUCGCAGUGAUCGACGUCAACAAAAUUCACAGCAAGGCUAAGCACCGCCAUUUGCGUAGCCUUGCUAGACAGUUCGGCAUUUCGAUUCCGCGUCAGAACUGGGAUAUUUCCGAGUACCAAUACGUGUUCAGCCAUUACAUACCAUUUUGUGCGGUGCAGGACGUUUAUCGCGUGUAGUGACUGUAUGUUUAGGCAGUCUGUUGGGUAGUAUGAGGGAGUUGUUGAAGGGCGGAGACAGGCUAUCUACUGAUGGAUGUUGAGAUGAGGAUGGGUCGGCCGGCAUUUGAGUUUGGUGGGGAUUUCGUUGGGAGGAACAGAAAUGAGAGGUAUCCAAACGCUGCCGAGAUUUCUUUCGGUCUCAUGGGAUAUGUUUGCUUUUUUGCACUCGUUUGAAACCGGGAGUAUAAUAAGAAGCAAUAUUUCGCGCGGGAAGAACUUUUAUAGUAGCCGUGAUGAUCCCGACCGUGGAUUGCGAUUGCCGUCAUGCAGAAACAGCACCAAAACAUCAUGACGAACCGUC